AUGGCCAAGUUGUUGGGCACCCCUGUUGUGCUGGUGCCGAGCCCUACAGGUCGCCCGCAGGUGGCCGCCGAGGUGCUGGGCUACCAGCAGUUCGACCCCGACCUCAAUGUGGCAGGUGUCAUCCUGAACGGCGUCGGCAGUCCCGCUCACCUUGAGUUCUGCAAGCCCCAGAUCGAGGCCACCACCGGACUGCCCGUCCUGGGUUACCUGCCCCGUCGUACCGACUUCGAACAGCCGGAGCGACACCUGGGCUUGAUCCCGACAGUCGAAGGCACUGUGGCUAACCAGUGGUACGAGUCAAUCAUCACCCAGGUCGAGGAGACCAUCGACGUCGGCCGCAUCGCCGAACUGGCCCGCCUUUCCGCCGCGCCUUCGUCCGCCAGGGCGGAAGGAAUGCAGGUCUACCCACAGCAGCCGCAGCCCAAGCGGGCCGUGAUUGCGGUAGCCCAGGACAAGGCGUUCAACUUCUACUACCAGGACUCGCUGGACUGCUGGAGGCCUGGGGCGCCGAAAUAG